AUGUCAUAAAUCUCUAACGUUUCUAAUCGUCAAUUUUAUACUCCCGAUACUUCCAAACAUUAAGAUUAAUUCAAAAGUGCUGAAGAUAGGAAGAGUGCUCCUUUUGAUGAAAAGAGUAUUACACCUAAAAGCGAUGUAUAUUCAAACACUUUUAAAUAAUUCUAAUUAGAAAAUAUUAAUGAUUCCAAAGAUUAAAUACCAAUUAGCAAUAAUGAAUUUGUUGCUCAAUGGGGAAAUAUACAAUAGUAGGAAGAUUCCUCCUAAGCUUCUAAAGUUUGUGAUCUUGAUGACUUUCCUGAUUAAAAUGAAAACUCCCCUUCCAAUAGCGAUGAAGCUGGAUUAGAUUCCUAAAGAGAAUAAGAGAAAUAUUUUGGGUAAGUUGAAUAACCUGAAAGAAAAUAAUCAAGAGAUAUGACUGAUUUUGAAGAUUUGAUGAAUGUUAACAAUUCUUAAAAUGCUUCUUCCUCCAGUAACUAAUUCUAGGUUAUGGACCCAUCUGAAAGAAUAAAAUACUAAAACAUUGAUUAAUUACCUUUAAAUCAGUUGGAAAGAAAUAUGUUAAUAAAAGCCAAAGAAAUUUAACCUGUAAAUCAGAACUACCCCUUCUUGAAUGAUCAGUCUCCUUCUACAGGAAAAAUAUCAGGAAUGGCUUUCACAUUCAAUUUUCCUAAUCAAUUUUAGAAUGAAGGAAUUUAAAAUAUGUUCAAUUAGCCUCCCUCCUUUCCUAUAAGUUAAGAACUUCCCACUCCUGUAGCAGUCUAAAACCAAAUUGCAAAUCAAUUUUACCCAGGAACUACUUUAAAUAACUAGAUAAAUCAGUCUAUAUCAUCAAAAGGCUCCUCUUAAAUUCAAAAUUUUGAAGAUCUAACAAAUUAUAAAAAUCAAUCUUAACCCUAAUAGUUAGACAACAGUUAAAAUUUAAAUUUCCAUAAAAUUAAUUCUAUUCCAGUUCAAUAAAAUAUAUUUGAAUAACCUUAAGCUCUACCAAUUGACAAGUUCCUUAUUGGUGAUAUACCUAUGUCUUCUAGUUCCUCUUAAAAUAGAAAAUAAUAAUAAGUAUUUCAACCAGAACUUUAAGUUAACCCUAUUAUUGUAACAUAAUAAUAAGAGUAAGUAUAAGUAUAGUAACCUUCUAAUAUUUUUCCUAUUUAAUCCUUAGAGAUUGCGUAAAACAACCAAGAAUUCAAUUUUAGUUAAGAUUUAGAAAAAUAAUUCUAAUUGAAUACUGAUGCUAUCCAUCCUAAGUUUGAAAUUCAUGGAGAGGAUUCAGAAGUAAUCUGGGAGUAAGAUAACAAUUUUAAAUAAUUUGAUUAAUUUCCAAAUUAAACAUCUAGUAAUAUAUUUCAAGAAAGGCAAUAAGCCAAUUAACUGUAAGACUUCAUGAAAGAUUUUGAGCCAAAACCAGAAAUACAGAAAAAAAAUGAAUUUAAUAUAAAGGAAAGUCCUAAAGAAAGCCCCAAAGACUAAGAAUUUUAAUUAUAGAAACAAACCUACCAAUAAAUUAAUUUCUUAUAAUAACAUUCUUAAUAAUAGUCAUAAAAAUCAAUAAAUUAAGAGAAUUUCUUCUAAUAAUAUAAAGAAGUUCAGCCAAACUUUCCUGCUCAAGUUGAUACUUCAGAAAUCAAUUAAUCGUCAAGGGAGUAAACCCCUAAGAAUUAGCCCACUCAAAUUUAAGUGUAAAACUAAAACAAUUCAAUAUCAUCGCAUAAAUCAAACUCAACUCAAAAUAAAAAUAAUGGCUUUCAACCAUCCUAAUAAUUGUAUCAAAAAGAAUUGUAUGAUGAUUGGUUUAAAAAAGAAGAUAGUAGUAGAAGAAUGAGUUAAAAUUCCAAAUCUUCUGCUAAAGAAUCAUAACAUAAAGUUGAGGAACUCUUUUAAGAUUAUGAUAAUAAUAGUAUUUGGUAGAAACAUUUAGAAAAUCAACCAGGAAUUUAAAAAGAAUCCUAAGAUUUUAUUUAGCAACAGCAAUAAUAAUAAUAAUUUACAUAAUUACAAUAGUAGUAAUACUAAUAAUAGUAGUAAUAGUAAUACCAAUAAUAUUAAAACUAGCAAUAACAAUAACAAUAAUACUAAUAACAAUAAUAAAUUGAAUAAGAAUAGUUACAAUAGAACUUAUUGCUGUAAUAACAAAAAUAAUAGCAGUUAUAAAAUGAAUAAGAACAGUUUUAAUAGAAUUUAUUAUUGUAAUAACAAAAACAACAGCAGAUAUAAUAACAAUUAUAGUUAUAACAAUAGUAAUAAUAGUAAUAGUAGCAAUAAUAAUAAUAGUAAUAGUUGUAAUAAUAAGAAAAAUACUAAUAAUAAUAAAAGGAACAAUAGGAAUAAUAAUACAUAUAUUCUUAAUAGUAAUUGUAAGAGAAAUAAGAAAAAGAAUAAUAAUAAUAAUAAUAAUUAUAAUAUCAAUUAUAAUAAUAAUAGCAAUAAUAUGUAUAAGAGAAAUAAUCAAAAGAAUAAUAAGAAUUGCAAUACUUAUACUUAUAACAGAAAAACCAAGGGAAGUAAGAAAAUGAAUAACAAUACUCAUAUUAACAAUAAUUAUUAUAAUAAUAACAAUAAUCACAAAUCUCCUAAUAAUAACUAAAAGAACAAUAACAAUUCUUAUAAUCAUAACAGCAACAACUAGAGAAAUAAGAAAAAUAAGAAAAAUAAGAAAAAGAAUAAUAAUUAUUAUAUUAAUAAUCCCAACAAUAGUAAAUUCAAUAAUACUAACAAUAACAAUAAAUAUAACUAUAGGAAUAAUAAUAACAAUAAUAAUAAUAGCAAUAACAAUUACAGUAAUAAUAACAACAACAAUAAUAAUAAUAAUAUUAAUAAUAACAAUUAUAAGAAUAGCAGUAAUAAAUACUAGCCCAAUAAUUCUCUUCUAACAUAGUUAAAUUGCCUGCUUAAUAAUAAUAAGAACAAUAAAUAACCCCAAGAAAUCAAGGUACGAAUUCAAAUUAAUAGUUAAUUGAGAAUUCUCAAUAAAAUGUAACUCCUAAUCAAUCUCCCCAAUUUUUUUCAAUUAAUAAUUCUUCAAGUUCAGUGAAUGAAAAAAAGAAAAAUAAUCCAUUUAAUAAAGAGGAAGCUGAAAUUAUAAUAGAUCCAAAAUGGGAACAGGAUUUGCCUUAAUUUGAUUCAUAAUAAUUUGAAAUAAAGCCUGAGCUAAAAAAAAACCUGGAUACAAUUGUUGAAAUGCAAGAAGAAUCUCUUACUUAGAGUUAUGCAGUACAAAACAGGAACUCAGCUUUGUAUUAGGAUAAUACUAUAACAGAGUAUUAAGACAAAUCGAUUGAAGAAUCAAAAGUAAUUCAACCUUUCUUAAAAAUUUAAUCUUAAGAGAUCCUAUCUGCAUAAAAAGGAAUUGUAAGAGAGAGCAAGGAGAGUAAUUAAGAUGCAAUAAAUCCUUAAUAGUUGGUUGAAUAAUUAAUGCCAGGUUUACAUGAUGUUAUAAGAAAAUCGUUCUAAUAAAAUAUAGAAAGUUAAUUGUAAUAAUUAGCUACUUAAUUUUAACAAAAAUUGUAAGAUGAUGAAUAAGAAAACUUUGAUAUUGAUAAAAUUAGUUCAAAAGUGUUUAUGAUAGAGAAUUUGGUUUAGGGAUAUGGCAAAAAGCUAGAUUAAAUAUCAGAAAUGCUAAAUAAAGAGAAAGAAAAUUAAGAUUCAUAAAAAAUACAAGACUAAAAUACUUAAAGUAAGGCUGGUUUUCUUUAGGAUUCUUAAUAACCACUUUAAAAAUAAUAAAAAUAAAUAUGCUCACCAUUUGAAUUAAAUUUAGAAGAUCACUUUGAAGAAUCUCCUAUAUAGAAUUAUUAAAAUUAAAAUUAGAGUUAGAACAAUUCAAAAUUAAGGGUUGCUUAAUCAAAUCUAGUAUACACUUCUCAAUAAAAAGGCUUUAUUCCUUAUUAGACGUUACAUUAAACAUAAUCAAAAUACAUAAAUGAAAGUCAAAUAAGAGAAGACUUCUAGGAGGAUAAAUUAAGAAUAUUCUAAACAAAUUAUCAAUUUUAAAAGUAGUCACUUAAAGGGUUAUAGGAAUUCGAGAUUCAAAAUUUUAGAAAAUAGUGUUUAUGUGAGUAGACAACACUUCUAGAUACAUAUGAAUUGAUAGUUACGUUAACAUCUGAAAAAUAUGAAAGUGAUGAUCUUACAGGUUAUAAAAUAAUAAUUUCUUUAAAAAAUAAAGCUCAAUAUGAUAUCUAAAACUUAAUAGUCUUAUUUAAUUCCAAUAAAAUAAAGGAUGAAUAUCAUGUAAAACCUGAAAAAAUUAGUUAAUCUUAUUUAAACCCUGGAGAUAUCAUUAGAUAAGAGAUAACAUUUAAAUAUUAUGACCUUUAAAGCAUGUAUUUAAAUUGCUUCAUUAAAUACACAAUUAAUAAUUUUAAGAUGGGAUACAAUUUUAAUAAAAUAUCUUAAAGUCAAGGACUAUAAGGCACAUAAGAUUAUUCAAACUUGUAUCUUUCUUAGAUGAAUAGUAGAAAUGUGAUUUAAGAGGUUGGAUAAUUUAAGAGGAACUUUCAAUUUUGCAUAGCCAGGCCAGCAAAUAAGUUCUUUGUUUAUAAUUUUAUUACCAGUGAAGAAAUAAAUGAAUGCGAAAUGAAAUGUAGAAGUGAGUAGUUUUAUUUGAGAUCUCUGGAUGAGCUUAUAAUAUUUCAUCCUUGGUUAAUACAAAUAGACCAAUUUACUUUGGGAGGGAAAGUGUUUAUUUAAUUGAAAAACAGUGGCUAUGAAUUUGUGAUAAAAGUAGUUAACAAAAACCAAAAGGGAGUCAUCUUAAUGAAUGGAAUGAACAUGGAUUAGAAAUUAACCGAACAUUUUCUCAGUUUCUUUGCCUUUUUAUUUAGUAAAUUAUAUUGA